UGCUGCUCUCAAAGCUUAGAGGAAUAUAGUGUUGUGGUGUAAAACCAUACAGUGUGGCGGAGCAUGGAACCCUUUGCUGUAAUGGGAUUCUGUACAGGGAUGUGGGUGAGGAAGAAGAGUGCGUCGGAUCGACUCUGUACUCGCCAGCCCAGGAGACGAAGUGUGGGUCAUCUGUGCACUGUGUGGUUGGUCAGCACUGCUGUGGACAUGAGACCUAUGACCCGGACAAGUAUUUAUGCUGUGUUGGAAAAAGAUAUAAGAAGUCACAGAGGAAGACAAUGUGUUGUGGAGUUAAGCCCUACAACCCCAAGAAUCAAAAACAGAAGUGCUGCUCUGGUCAACUCCAUACCCUGACACAUCUGAGCACUAACACCAGUCAUUCAGAGUGCUGCGGGACCCAUCUGAUUGUGAACACAUCCCUGGAGACGUGCUGCACCUCUGCCCAGAUGCAGGUGUUGUACCAAACAAAGCCCAGUUUCUCCUGCUGUGGGCACCUCUACUACAACACCUCCCAGCACUCCUGCUGCGCAGGGAACCUGCGGCCUCUGUCCAAGCAGAGCGGAGCGAGAGGCCCUCUGCGCAAUGGACACAGUGGAGACUGCCAGCUUUUACACUUUGCUAACCUGAUGAUCUCUGAGCUUUGCAACACAACAGUGUUCAUGGGCACAGUGGACAGUGUGGCGGUGAAUGGAACCUCCCGCUCAGUUCUGCUGAAGAAUGUCCUGCAGAUCCAAGGUGCAAAGAGCGUGACCGCGGAGCCCACUGCUCGUCUGUUGCCCCUGGACCACUGCAGCUGCCCCCCGAUGAGCCAGGGCAUCCUGUACCUGUGGAUCCCAGGGAACAAUGGCAAAGGCCAAAUCUCUGACCUCAGCCAGCUAGACUCUCCUCUCUAUGCCGUGCUGUCCAAGUGUUGA